CACAACACAACACGACACAUUACUUGCACCCACCAACUUACGACGUGCCUCACGACAACUUCUAAUAACACCACCUACAAGCAUGACCGCCAAGGACGUGAACAACACCGGGGUCCAGACGGACGAAAAGAAACAGCACUUCGACGACAUCUAUGUCUGCGAGAACCCCGUUCCCUACAAAACCCGCAUCCUYGAUGCUAUGAACUAUGUCUCGGACGACUUCAACCGGGCCAUGUUCGAGGAGCACAUCGCCCCUUUCUUCGAGGCCGCCGCGUCCAAGAAGGACACCGUUGAGUACGUCGAUCUCUGCGCCUGUUUUGGAAACACCACCAUGGCCUGCCUCCACGGCAUGUCCUACGACGAGAUCCGCGAAAACUGGAAGGACGACGAUUCCUGCAAGGCCAUCGACAAGCCGCGGAGGACCCUCGGAGCCGAGAACGGCUGCCACGUGACGGCGAUCGACAUUUCCCCCCAGGCUAUGGCCUACGGAAAGUCCGUGGGCCUCUACGACGARUCCUUUGUCUGYGAUCUCAACAACCUUGAGGGGGAGGCCUUUGGCAGAGCAAAGGAGACCCUGGCGAAGGCCGACAUCUUUCUCUCGACCGCGGCCCUGUGCUACCUCUCGGUCGAGGCCAUCGAGGAUCUGGUCGACGCCUUUUGCAGUGGAACGUCGAAUCCGGACGGGAUGAUGCUGGUCAACUUUCUGAACCCGUUUUGUCUCGAGAAGUCGGAUGCCACCAAGCGCAUCCUUCUGUCCAAGCUCGACUUUGUGGCCAGCCGGGCGACCCGCCACCGCCGCAUGUCGCAGCUCGAGAUGGACAACUACCCCGGCGAGGAGUGGUCGCUCCUGGAGCUCUGGGUCCUCAAGAAGAAAGCGAACUAAGCAAAGGCCAAGCAAAUCGAACCGKGCAGAACCUGUCGCGAAAGCAGGUGCUUUUGUCAGAGAGGGGAAGGUGCAGCUUGUGAAUCAACCAUUUUCGUGCGCACGGCGUCAAAAGGUUUGCAACGUCGACGCAGCGCGGAUGGUUCUGGUUUCGGAAGAACAAAAGGAUUUAAUAAGCAAUGCUGCGUUGU